CCUUUCCUGGGCACGCACCUGUGGAAGGGAGCUGGUGGGGGUGCCCGGGGUGCCGCUUCCAGGGCUUUGAAGACCCGCAUCUCUUUUGAAGACAGGAUCUCCCAUGCCCGAUCCUUGAACAGGGGUGUGUUGGUGGAUCCCUUUGGUGUCGGUGGAUCCCUUUGCCCAAGCGCCAUCCCUGAGAACUAGCCGAGAGCCAGGUGGGCACAGCUUCCACUCCCCCACGCAGGGGAAACCGAUCCACCCGGCACAGUCUUGCCACGUCUCGUCUCGAGGGAUAGGAUCAGCGGGGCAAAAUGUCUCAGAGUCUGGACCUUGAAAAGGGGUGCACAGUGGACGAACUUCUGCAUGGCUGCAUUGAAGCUUUUGAUGACGAGGGCAAGGUACACGACCCCCAGCUCGUCCGGAUGUUCCUCAUGAUGCACCCCUGGUACAUCCCGUCCUCGGCGCUGGCUGCCAAGUUGCUUCAAAUUUACCAGGAAACUCACGGCUCUGAAAACAGUUCCCUGCAGGUUAAAACAUGCCACCUGGUCAGGUACUGGAUCUCGGCGUUCCCGGCAGAAUUCGACCUCAACCCGGAGCUGGCGGACCAGAUCAAGGAGCUGAAGGAGCUGCUGGGCCGGGAGGGGCAUCAGCGGCACAGCAGCCUCAUUGACAUCGAGAGCGUUCCGACGUACAAGUGGAAGAGGCAGGUGACCCAGCGCCAGCCCGUCACGCAGAAAAAGCGCAAGACGUCGCUGCUCUUCGACCACUUGGAGUCAGGAGAGCUGGCCGAACAUCUCACGCACCUGGAGUACCGCUCCUUCAGCAAAAUCCUGUUCCAGGAUUAUCACAGUUUCGUCAUGCAUGGCUGCACCGUGGACAACCCCAUCCUGGAGCGCUUCAUCACCCUGUUCAACAGCGUCUCCCAGUGGGUGCAGCUGAUGGUGCUGAGCAAGCCCACCGCCCCGCAGCGCACCCAGGUCAUCACCCGCUUCGUCAUGGUGGCUCAGCGGCUGCUCCAUCUGCAGAACUUCAACACCCUGAUGGCCGUGGUCGGCGGCCUCAGCCACAGCUCCAUCUCCCGCCUCAAGGAGACGCACAGCUUCGUCAGCCCGGAGACCACCAAGGUCUGGGAAUCGCUGCUGGAGCUGCUGUCCUUGGCAGGGAACUACAGCCGCUACCGCCGGUGCUUCGCCGAGUGUGUGGGGUUCAAGUUUCCCAUCCUGGGGGUGCACCUCAAGGACCUGGUCGCCGUCCACGUGGCGCUGCCCGACUGGCUGGACCGUGCCCACACUUGCCUCAACGGGAACAAGAUGCAGCAGCUGUUCAGCAUCCUGAGUGACCUGGCCAUGGUGCAGAGCAUCCGCCCCCCCUUCGAGGCCAACCCCGACCUCCUCAACUUGCUCAUGGUGUCCCUGGACCAGUACCAGACGGAAGAGGAAAUCUACCAGCUGUCCUUGCAGCGGGAGCCCCGAAACAAGUCCACGCCUUCCAGCCCCACGUCCUCCACGCCGCCCCCGCAGCCCGUCGUGAUCGAGGAGUGGGCCUCGGUGCCCAAGCCCAAGCCGGACCAGGCAGUCGUGCGCAAGCACAUCGAGAAGAUGGUCGAGUCUGUCUUCCGAAACUUUGACGUCGAUGGAGAUGGACACAUCUCCCAGGAAGAGUUUAAGAUCAUCCGGAAUAACUUCCCAUACCUGUGCAAAUUUGGCGACCUAGAUGAGAAUCAAGACGGCUGCAUCAGUCGCGAAGAGAUGAUCUCCUACUUCAUGAAGUCCAGCGCGGAGCUCAACGGCAAGAUGGGCUUCAUCCACAGCUUCCACGACACCACGUUCCUGCGGCCCGUGGCUUGCCGGCACUGCAAGGGCCUGAUCUUGGGACUCUACAAGAAGGGGCUAAAAUGCCGGGCGUGCAGUGUGAGCUGCCACAAGCAGUGCCGGGACCUCCUCUCCGUCGAGUGCCGCAAGCGCACCAAGAGCGUCAGCCUGGACGGCCCCGCGGCGCUGCCGGCCCGCUCCUUCAGCUUCUCCCUGCCGCGGCCCGGGCGGUCCUCCCUGAGGCACUCAGAAAUCCAGGAGGAAGAGAUGCAGGCUGUGGAAGAUGGGGUCUUUGAUGUACACCUAUGAGGCCGAUGCGCAGGGCUAGCCUGAAAUUCAGGCACCAGAACCUUUCGUCCCUCCUUGAGCUUUCCCUCUUCAAAUCCUCCACCAUGUUCCAGGGCCUCACAGCGCCUCCCCUCGCGAGCGGAACAUGACUUGCUGGUGGGCAGAGAGACGGUCCCUCCUUCCAGACGCCGCCUUUGCUCCUGCAACUUCCAAGACUUGGGGCGACGUGUUCCCUGGCCGGGCACGAGGGGUGGAGGUUCUCUCUCCGGUGAUGUGUGUAUAUUUGUAUCAAGAACUGGAUUUCGAGGUGUAAUACUCAUUCUAAUAAAAGCAACACACUCUGCC